AUGGCGCGCCGCAUAGUAGUGGACGAUGCCUCGGCCGCUAUCGAAUAUGCCGCGACCUGGGCGGCCGCGAACGUCGCGAAGGGGGGCUUUGGGCCGGUGUAUAGGAACACGACGCAUGUGACGACGACGGACGGGAGCAGGCUGAGUUUUGUGUUCAACGGCACGUCGGUGGCGGUGGCUGGGCCUACGAAAGUGACGACGCUGGCGGAUGGGACGCGUGACCCGAGCUGGGCGUGCACCGUCGACGGGAUCGCGAUCGCCUCGGGCACGCCGGCGGUCGAGAACGGGUGGACGCUGUGCAGCGUCGACGUCGUCGGCGGCCCCGGCCCGCACAGCCUCGCGCUGACGGUGCACACGCGGGGCACGCCGGUUUAUGUGGAUAGCGUGUUGUACGCGCCAGCGGACGGGGCGUGGGACGUGGACGGCGCGGUGGUGGAGUAUCCAAAUACGGACGCGAGUGUGAGCUUCGGGACGGGCUGGCAGGCGUGGGGCGCGCAGCAGCUCACAACGACAAAGGGCGCGCAGGUGGCAAUCAAUUUCCACGGAACGGAGGUCGUGCUCAUGGGCUACAUCCCCAACGAGCUCGCUCGCACCCCCACGACGGGCACGUACACCAUCGACGAUUCCCCACCACAGACGUUUGCGCUCGCGGCCAGCAAUGCCAGUGCCAAUGCUGUCAUACUGUCCGCCACGGGGCUCACACCCGCCGUCCACAACCUCGUCGUCACGUACAAGGGCGACGCGGGCCACGCGCCGCUCCCCGUCGGCGCGUUUUACGUCACCAACGCGGUCGUCUCCAGCCCGUCGUCGUCUUCAUCCGGCGCCGGCGCCCGGGCGACGGCCACGCCCGGGCCCGCUUUACACAAAGCCAGUCCAGUCGGCGCGAUCGCCGGCGGCGUCGCGGGCGGUGUAGGCGCCCUUCUGUUGUUCCUCUUGGGUACUGUGUGCUGGCGACGUAGACGCCACGUUGCCAGAGAAGAGAGGGACAAGAUGGAGCCCCAACCGUGGGUGAUGAGCGACGCCGGCGCGCGGGCCAGCGGAUACGGAAGCGGCCCGAGCGUGCGCAGUGCCGGCACGCCAAGCCGGCUGUACGACGGCCCGGCCAGAGGCUACUCCUCUCCUCCAUUUGGAAGCGAGAGCGGCCGCUCCGAUGCUACGCCCUCGGCCUCACGCCUGUCGUCCGCCGGGAAUACGAAGCUCGAGCCGCAGCGCGCGGCGUCGCCCCCUGUGGUCACCGUCGUCCAGCAGCAUCAGGACAGCGGCGUGCGCUACCGUCCGGGGGUGUCCCCGGAGGUGGCCGUCGUAGUGGAGGAGCUGCCGCCGGGGUAUAGCCGGGACUGA